AUGCAGAUCCCUCCGGUGCAAGGAGUAUUUCAACCACGGCCUGUGCGUGUUUCGCAACUACCUCACUACCAGCAGCGCCAUCACUGGAAGGGCAACCUUGGCAAUCGUUUCCCGCGUGUUCAUUCGACACGCUUGCUGUGGAAUGCGUUUAAGGAAACGUUUCACGACUUUACGUCCGUUUCGAAAAUCCACGGAGUGCACUACCUCCAGCGAUACGUAACGCGUGGCCCGUCACGGGUACUGUGGGUCGGUAUCAUCCUGUUGUUCUUCGUCUUCAGCAUUGUGCUGAUAGUUUUACUAUGGCAAAAGUUCCUCGACAACCCGACACGGAUAACGAUUGCCUCCGAUAUGAAGCUCGUGGAAGUACCGUUCCCCGGCGUUACCCUGUGCCAUCCCCAGAGUGUAGUCGAGUAUAAGGCGAAACGUUUCGUUGAACGCAUUAAGCUACCUCUGGGUGCAACUAAGGAGAAUGUCCUCAAGAAUCUACCAUCGCUUGGCUACUUCACCGAACACCAGCGAACCUUCCCUACGCCGCAGGACUUGAGAAUGGUCGACGAGGUGCUGCAACUGAACAACUACACCAUCGAGAAGGCCAUCGAUAUGCUCGGACUGAUCUGUGCGGACUUCAUCGUUAGCUGCUACUGGGCUGGUAAGAAGUUUCCGUGUUUCGACAAGAAUGCCUUUCUUGGGUGGAUCGGAUCCACCAGCCAUUACGGGGCCUGUUGUUCCCUCAACUAUCACCCGAAUGAGGAGAAAAAUAGUAUUCCAUUCGCCGUCAAUACGUACGGUAUGCACGGUGGUCUGAGCGUCAUUGGCACAGGUUACCCACAAGCGUCCGACGGAAAAUCGGGUGCCCUGUACUCGGAAGGCUUCAUGCUAAUGGUUCACCAUCCUCACGAUUUUGCCGUGGAAGACGCCCCGUUAACGCUGCUACGUUUGGGCAAAGAGACCUUCGUCAACGUGCUGCCAACCGAUUCCCGCUGCUCGGAGCAAGUACUUGCGCUGUCCCAAUCGCAACGGAAAUGUAUCAUAGGAAGUGACUUCCAACCACCGAUAGCAUACUAUCGCCAGCCGGCCUGCACGCUGGACUGUGUGCGAAAAGAGGUUCACCGUAAGUGCGGUUGUCAUCCGUUCCAUUUACCGAGACCGCGGGCUACGAAAAUUCGUAACUGUACCGUCUACGAUUCAAUUUGUUUCGUAGAAAACUACUAUAUGUUCAAACGAUUGAAGUGUGACUGUUUUCCGGCUUGUAGCGACGUUACCUACACGACCACAUCGUUUGUGACGGACUUUUCUGCCCAGCAAUUCUCGAUAAAUCCAUUCUAUGCGGAAACCAACCUGACUAAAUUUGAAUUUAUCUUUCACAUCUUCCUGAGCAACCAAGUUGUGGAUGCCAACAGAAGAAUCGUCGUUGUAUCGUGGAUAUCACUACUUUCAAACCUUGGAGGAGUCUUCAGUCUGUGUCUUGGCAUUAGCGUUCUUUCGCUAUGUGAGAUACUGUUUUUCAGUACAAUCCGUUUACGUAAAACCUAUCUUUCACUAAAACAACGGCAAGGACAGAAAAUCAAGCUACUCACGCCAAUUGAACGCUAA